UGAAGAUCAACAUUAUGAUGAUGAAGAUCAACAUCAGACAAAAAUGCAAGAACAUAAAGAAGGGCCCACCAUCUUCAAGAAAGCUAAUCAUCCUGUUACAUUGAAGUUUGAAGAUGUUGUUUACAAGGUUAAACCUAGAAACACGGGGUCAUUUAUCAAGAACAAGAAGUCGAAUGAGAAAAUAAUCUUGAAAGGAGUCAGUGGAAUAGUCAGUCCAGGCGAAAUGCUGGCCAUGCUUGGACCGUCGGGUAGUGGCAAGACGACGUUGCUCACUGCCCUAGGCGGCCGCCUUGUAAGCGGGCAGCUGACGGGGAAAAUGACCUACAAUGACAGACCGUUCUCAAAUACUAUGAAGAGAAACACCGGUUUUGUAACCCAAGACGAUGUUCUUUAUCCACAUCUUACGGUUACGGAAACCCUAGUUUUCACUGCUCUUCUCAGGCUGCCAAACAGCCUGAGGAAGGAAGAGAAGGUCGAGCAUGCUGAGGCUAUCAUUGCCCAACUCGGACUAACAAAGUGUAAGAAUAGUAUAAUUGGGAGACCUUUUCUUAGGGGUGUGUCCGGGGGAGAAAGGAAAAGGGUUAGUAUAGGUCAAGAGAUGUUAAUUAACCCGAGUCUUUUGUUUCUCGAUGAGCCUACUUCUGGCCUAGACUCAACCACGGCUCAAAGGAUAGUGUCGACGCUUUGGGAGUUGGCGCAUGCCGGUGGAAGGACGAUCGUCAUGACGAUUCACCAACCAUCGAGUCGCCUUUUUUAUAUGUUUGAUAAGGUGAUAUUAUUAUCGGAAGGAAAUCUGGCCUACUUUGGAAAAGGGAACGAUGCAAUGAAAUAUUUUUCAAGUGUUGGUUAUGUUCCAUCAGUAGCAAUGAAUCCCGCAGACUUUUUGUUAGAUCUUGCAAAUGGUAUAUUAUCGGACGAGGGUAACGAGGAUCCAAGUGAUGUAAAGCAGGCAUUGGUUUUAGCCUUCAAGAACAACUUAGAAGAAAAUUUGAAGGGAGAGCUUGAAGCAACAUAUAACAAGAACAAUAAUUUCAAUCAAAGGUCAGAAGAGAAGAAGAAACUUGGAAGGUGGUCUACAACUUGGUGGCAACAAUUUAAUGUGUUGCUUAGAAGAGGUGUGAAAGAAAGAAAACAUGAAACCUUCUCCAGCCUUAAGAUUAUUCAAGUUCUUGUUGUAGCUGUCCUUUCAGGUCUCUUAUGGUGGCAAACAAAUCCCGCAAAUAUACAAGAUCAGAUUGGUCUCCUCUUCUUUGUAGCGGGGUUUUGGGGGUUCUUCCCGUUAUUUCAAGCCAUUUUCACGUUCCCACAAGAACGAGCUAUGCUCGAGAAAGAAAGGGCGUCUGGUAUGUAUAAGCUCUCGUCCUACUUUAUGGCGAGAGCUGUUGGGGACAUGCCAAUGGAGCUGGUUCUCCCUACUGUUUUCGUCACUAUAGUAUAUUGGAUGGCUGGACUAAAACCAACUGCCCCAAAUUACUUUGCUACACUUUUUACGAUUCUACUUUCGGUGAUAGUCUCGAGUGGGCUCGGAUUGGCCCUUGGGGCAAUGGUCAUGGACCAAAAGUCCGCGACUACUUUGGGCUCGGUUAUGAUGCUCUCGUUUCUUCUAGCCGGAGGGUACUAUGUUCAACAUGUGCCGAGCUUUAUAGCGUGGAUCAAGUAUGUUUCUAUAAGUCAAUACACAUACAAGCUUUUGCUUAAUUCACAAUAUAAGCCGAAUGAUGCUUAUACUUGCGGUUCAGAUAAGACUUGUUUGGUCGGGGAUUUUCCAUCGGUGAAGAUGGUUGGUCUUGGAGGGGAAGUGUUGUCUUUGGUGGCGUUGUUGAUUAUGGUGGUUGGUUAUCGAGUUCUUGCGUAUCUAGCUUUGAUGAGGCUCGGAGUGACGAGCAAAUGAACUAAAAGUUGGUGGAUCAAACAAGAUGAGAUUUGAAGCUUAACUAUUUUAAUGGUUUAAUUUUCUAUUUUAGAAUUUUGAAUGCUUCUUAAUUAUUAAUUUGAUAUGUACCAUGAUAUACUUUGUACUACUAUUGAUAUCAUGCUUUAUUUUGGACAUCUUUUAAGUGUUUUAAGUUUUUCGAUGAAAAUUAGGAUGAGAAGAUUUUUAUUGAAU